AUGUUCAGUCUGAACCCGCGGCAGUCGAUGCAGUCGGUGCUGCAGUCGAGCGGCAGCUCCAGCAGCUCGAUGCGUAAUACAGCGACAUCCUUUAUCUCUGCGGCAUACAGUGGCUAUGAGGGCGGUGCAAGCUUUCGUAACGUGGACGCAGGACUCGUUCCUUCGUUUGAGGCACUGAACCCAUACGCCAAGGCGGGACACAGCAUGAUGGGCGACGAUAAGCGUUGGCAACCCGUGCCCGACUUGUUCCACUCGAAAGAGUCACUGUACUUCCGUUCUGCAGUGGGAAAAGUACUGAAAACCGCGCACGAAGAGAUCUCCCCCGCCGAACUCGAAGUAAGAGCCAAUACCCCCGAAUUUAAGGUGGAAGAAGGCGACUGGAUCGCCCAUAAUUCCAACCAGAAGAACCAGUUCGCACUCAUUACACCUCUCAAGACUGUGGCGCGUAUCCCCGCCAACCUCAUCAUCUCGGAUGAACCCAUUUCGUUAACACAGCAUAUGAGCAACCACAUGGGGGGAUAUCUCCGUAAAAAAGGAGAGAAGAACAAGGCGUUCAAGAAGAGAUACAUGGAACUUAACGGUAGUGUGCUGGCCUAUUACAAGAAGAAGCCAGAGAAGAACGGUAUCCCGUUGAGUCGAGAUGAGAAAAAGUCGCUGGAACGCGGGCGUAUUGACUUGGACAGAGUAUCGUCCUUGCAGCCCAUGGAGUCCAGGUCGGAACCGUAUGGUAUUCUACUGGUGACGACGACCCGUACGUGGGCAAUUUGUGCCGAUUCCGAGCCGGAAUACCAGCGCUGGCUGAAGGGACUCUGCGACGUGGUCAAGUUUAGCGCUGUUCACGUCACGUACAAGCGCAUGUUCCAGUUGCAAGAAGUGAGUGCUAAAGCCAUCACUGAUGUCCGCAUGGUGGUCACUACAGGCGAUACUGUUGGCCAGAUUGUGGAGCAUAUCUUUAACUGUUACGAACAGGCUUUGGAUGCUGCUCCAUUGAGACCGUACAACCCAGCCGAAUAUCGACUGAAGAUCACGGGAUACCGUGACUACAUGAUCGAUCGGUUCCGUGUCCUCAACGAGUAUGUGCAUGUCCGUGAGUGUCUGUUGACCAAGAAGACGAUCCGAUUGACUGUGAUCCACGAGUCCGUGAUCCAAGAGACGGCGUUGAUGAAUCUGAGUAUCGGCAGAGAUCUGCCAGUUAGCACUGGAUCGAUGAACAAUAUCGUGAGUCAGUUCGCAGAUAUGUUUGAUGGAGAGCGCGCGACGUCGCUACAGAUGACGACACUUGGAGAUGAAUGGGAACGACCUUCGAUCGACCGCAAUGCGUCGUUGCCCAGUGGGAUUAUCCAGCAGCCAUUUGCUAUUUGUGUCCGUCGUGUGCUGAAUAUCCCUCGAACGACGUGUGUGAGGAAGAGAUCUAGUGAAGAAGCUAUUGUGACACGGAUCCCGUUGACUAGCUCGAGUGUGGUGGUUCGCAUUGAGCUGUACGAUGGCGGCCAGCUACUGGAUAACGCUGUGAUUGACACAUCUGAUGUACGAUUGAAGGCGCAACGCAACGACUUGCUGUACGCGGAGUGGGACGACCCUGUGUGGCACAAGUUUAAUAUCGAUAUUUGCAACGUGACACGCACCAUGCGUGUUCAGCUGACUGUUCUGGGCGUCAAGAAGGUUGUGGGUGGCUCAACUUCGAACAUGGAUGCUACCGAGGAGAAAAUGCUGGUGACUGGAGUGAACGCCUUCGAGGUGGACGAUGUGCUUGUCCAGGGACAUCAAUAUGUCCACAUGUACAACAACCUGCACUCGUGUGUCCAAGGACCAGUGCCUCAUGUGACGCUGCCUAAUGAGCCAAUGAUCCAGCUGGAGUUCUCCAAGUUUGACGCGCCGAUCAAGUUCGACUGGAGUGACGAUGAUGACUCGUCAGAAAGUGAUCGCUCGUAUCGACGCAGUAUCAUCACGAGCAGUCGAUCCGUGAUGCUCCGUAAGGAAGGAUGGCUGCAGAAAGUGGGCAACUUUUCGUCGUUGACUCGUUGGCGUCGACGUUGGUUUGUAGUGGACCAAAGCACUUGUACUCUGAGCUACGCAGACGACGAGACUGCUCCGCGUAAGCUGAUUACUCUACGUAACUGCUCCGUGAUGACUGCAGAUGACAUGAACCAGAAGUUUACGACUGCGCCUGUGAAUAAGGGCACACGGAAACUCCGUCAGACUUGGUGCUUUAAGGUGCGACCGAUGGGUUCGUCUCGUGAUUACAUCAUCUCAGCGGAGACGAAGCAAGAUCGUGAAGAGUGGAUGCUUGCGAUUCAGACGGUGGCGAAGGGCGACACGAGUAUCAGCGACUUUGGUAGCCACAAUGGGAGCUUUGAUGAUUUGAUAACACCGUCAGUGGCGGAGAGUCCGAGAGUGGAGGAGAGUAGCGAACAGCUAAACGGCAGAAAUAUUCUGGAGAGUGUGGCUCAGGAUCGACGCGACUCGGUCUCGCGCGGCUCGCGCAGUAGCGGACACAGCUCGUAUCAGCGUGAGGGUGAGCUGAACGAACUGCGCAAACUCAUCUUGCUAGACCCGCUGUAUCGAUUCAGUCCGUACCAGAAGGAGCAAUUGUGGAUGCACCGUGAGGAAUUCAUCGACAUCCCGUCAGCUCUUCCUCGUAUUCUUUCGUGUGUUCACUGGGAUGACCGAGAUGAGUGCGAAGAGGCCUUGACACUGCUGCCACGUUGGUCUGUUCCGGACCACCAAGCGGCAUAUAUCGAGCUGCUGAAUGGCGAAUUCGCUCACGAAGGUGUGCGCACGUUUGCAGUGCAGAAACUCAGUCAGAUGGCUGACACGACGUUCAGUUACUUCUUGCCGCAGCUGGUACAAGCUAUCAAGUUCGAGAAUCAUCAUGUGUCUCCUCUAGCCAUGUUGCUGAUUGAGCGAGCUAUCAAGAACCCGAACCAGAUUGGCUUUGACCUCUUCUGGAGCAUGAAAGUGGAGGCACACAAUGACCAAUACCGUGAACGGUACGGCACUAUCUUGAACGCUUAUCUGGACGUGUGCAGCUCGAAGAUGCGUGCCAUUCUGAAGCUGCAGGACAAGCUCUUCUCGGAAGGUGGGAUGCUGGAGCGUAUUUGUCAGAGUGUGAAGGCGAAGAGGAAGGACGGCGCUGCUGAAAUGAAGCGUGCGAUGCAGCAAGGGCUGGAGGCGCUGAAUGAAUUGCUGCCCGGCUCGUUCCAGCUGCCGCUUGAUCCUCGUAUUGAAGUGGGCAAGAUUAUCGUGAGCAAGUGCCGCGUGAUGGAUUCAGCGAAGAAGCCGUUGUGGCUGGUGUUUGAGAAUGCCGAGGAAGGCGGUGACCCAGUCACUGUGAUGUUCAAGGCUGGUGACGAUGUGCGGCAAGACUGCUUGACGCUGCAGUUGAUCCGUUUGAUGGAUGAAAUGUGGCGAGAUGAGGGUCUGGACUUGGCGAUGGAGCCGUAUAAGUGUGUGGCUACGUCUCCAAUGACAGGUAUUCUCCAGAUGGUGCCUAACUCAGUCACAACUGCUGAGGUACACAGACGUGAUGGUAUGAUGGGUACCUUUAAGGACCCCAGUUUCUCCGACUGGAUUCGCGCGAACAACUCCGACCCGAGAAGCCACAAGGCUGCUGUAGAUCUCUUCGGACGCUCGUGUGCUGGCUACUGUGUGGCUACGUGUGUUCUGGGCAUUGGUGACCGACACAAUGACAACAUUAUGAUUGCGUCUUCCGGUCGCUACUUCCAUAUUGACUUCGGACACUUUUUGGGUCAUCUCAAGUACUACAAGCUGGGCAUUCGUCGCGAACGUACUCCUUUCGUCUUCACGAACGAAAUGGCUUAUGUUUUGGGUGGAGUGGAAGGCAAGGACUUUGCCAAGUUCGUAGACACAGCCUGUACGGCGUAUUGUGUGCUGCGGAGACAGAUGCAUCUUCUGGUGUCGCUGUUGCUACUGAUGGUGCCGGCAGACAUGCCGGAGCUGACGGGACGGGAUGAUAUCAACCACAUUGUGACGACGCUGGCGCCGGAGGUGUCGGAUGAGCGCGCUCGUGAGUCUUUCGAGCAGACAAUCCACUUUUGUCUCGACAGUCGGUUCAAGCGUUUUGAUAACUACCUGCACAAUAUCGCCCACGCUUUUGGAUAAGGGACAAGCGCGCUAGUCCGGAUGCUUGAAGUUUUGGACUGGCAAUCGCGUGCAUAUCGAAGAAAUAAGUAAUCGCAGCAAUGAGUACCAGCAGCGUUGCAGUUUGAUGGCAUUAGUCUACAAUGCGUGCACUUCGCGGUGUGGGUGAGAAUAAAGAAAGCAAUAGUACUCUUCGAAGGCUG